CCCCGCGCGGUGGGGAGGGGGCGCACCAGGCGGCGGGUUCUGCAGAGGGCGCCUUGCUCCGGGCGCGACCGCGGCUCCCUGGAGGCCUGGGUGUCGGGCCCUGCGAGCGCGCUGCGACCUCGGGAGCAGUGUUGGCCAAGGACCCCGGCGCCCUCCGUUGAUCUUUAAAUAAAGCAAAAAUUUAUCCAGUAAAGGGUUUUCAUGAAGAAAUUUAAAGAGAGAAAUUGCAAGCAAUAGAGAAACUAAGCAUUUCUAUACUAGAGAAACCACCUAAAACAACUGUACGGAGUAAGAUGAAAGGAAUGAAUACACCUGGAAGAAAUUUUACCUAGUGUGACAUUUUUGCCCAUCUUUUUGUCACAAAGGCUAAGGAAGAGAGAAUAUAGUUUUCUAGAGAAUAAGAGUACAAUGUGAAAAUGGCAACCACAGUUUCAGAAAUUCAUGUAGAAAACAAAGAUGAGAAGAGAUCAGCAGAAGGUAGUCCUCGGGCUGAAAGACAGGAGGAGAAAACAUCCAUGCUUUGCUUCAAGAGACGAAAGAAAGCAGCUAAAGCAUUGAAGCCCAAAGCUGGCUCUGAAGCUGCUGAUGUAACAAGGAAGUGUCCACAAGAAGCAGGAGUUUCUGAUCAGCCAGAGCCCCCACGGGGGGCCUGGGCCUCACUCAAACAUCUUGUAACACGCAGGAAAAGGUCGGAGUCUUCAAAGCAGCAAAAGCCAUUGGAGGCUGAAGUGCAACCUGAAAUAAAUGCUGAGGAUGCUGAUCUUUCUAAGAAAAAGGCAAAAUCUAGACUUAAGAUUCCCUGCAUAAAAUUCCAAAGAGGGCCAAAAAGGAGGAAUCACUCCAAAAUUAUAGAAGACUCAGUCUGCAGCAUCAAAGUCCAGGGAGAGGCUGAAAAUCUGGAUCUACAAACACAGACCCCAUCAAACGAUCAGGCAACAAAGGCUAAGUCAACCCAGGAUCUAAGUGAAGGCAUCUCACGGAAAGAUGGUGAUGAGGUCUGUGAAUCAAAUGUGAGCAAUAGCAUUACUUCCGGAGAGAAAGUGAUUUCAGUAGAACUUGGAUUAGAUAAUGGGCAUUCUGCUAUUCAAAAGGGAGCUCUAAUCCUUGAAGAAAUUGAAACAAUCAAGGAAAAACAAGAUGUUCAACCCCAGCAAGCAAGCCCACUUCAAACUUCAGAAACAGACCAUCGGCAACCAGUACCUUCUGAUGUUACUCCUUUACCUACAGUCCCAGAUCAACAAAUUGUAGAAGAAGCCAGUAACAAUAUCCUAGAAAGUGCACCAAAUGGGAAAGACUAUGAAAGCGGAGAGACUGUGGCUGAAGAAACUAAGCCAAAAGAUACGGAAUUGAGCCAAGAACCAGAUUUUAAAGAAAAUGGGAUCACUGAAGAGAAAUCCAAAUCAGAAGAAAGCAAAAGAAUGGAGCCAAUUGCUAUUAUUAUUACAGACACUGAAAUCAGUGAAUUUGAUGUUAAGAAAUCUAAAAAUGUCCCUAAGCAAUUCUUAAUUUCAACAGAAAGUGAGCAAGUAGGGGUUUUUGCUAAUGAUAAUGGUUUUGAGGAUAGAACUUCAGAACAAUAUGAAACACUCUUAAUUGAAACAGCCUCUUCUCUUGUCAAGAAUGCUAUUCAGUUGUCAAUAGAACAGCUGGUUAAUGAAAUGGCAUCUGAUGAUAAAAUAAACAAUCUUCUACAGUGACUUACUCUCCAGAGUCAUGGGAGAAAAACCAAGCUUAAUGAAGAAUUAUUUUAUACAUUUGUGGCAUUUCUUACUCAGUUAACGAAUGAGAGAUUUAUCAUCUCUGGAACUUAAAGGUACAAUUAUAGUGCAGAAGUGCUAAAGAUUGUCAAGUUUAUAAAACUCUACCACUGAAAUGCAGUCAUUUCUGGAUUGGAGGAAGUCAGCACGGAUUGCACUGUGUAAAGUAACACAACACACAGGGAGUUGCUAAAACGGCAUAUGGAGACUGGAGUGCUUUGGGGGAGGAAAAUGUAUUUAUUGAGCACUUAUGGUAUGCCAUAAGCUCUUUAAUGACCUCUGAUAUAACAAAGUCUGGUUUCCUUUUGGUAAUUUAGCUCUGUGUAUAGGCUAACAUCACACUGAGUUUUUAAAAACAUUUUUUACAGUGGACAUAUAUGCUGUUUAAAAUGGUGAAUAAGGUGAGCUACUUUUGUGAAUGUGAUUUGUAAUUGUUACAUUCCUAAGCAUUAGGCUUAACUUGAAAAAUAUAUUGCAUUUUCCCAAUUUCAGCAGAUAGUGUGCAGAAUAUGCAUAUUGAAAUUAAAUAUGAGUGGUUUUCUAGUCUUGCUUAAGUCCUUUAUAAGAAAGAGCCAUUUGGCCAGACGCAGUGGCUCACGCCUGUAAUCCCAGCACUUUGGGA